AUGGAUGCAGCAGUGAGAGUUGUGACUUCCAACGACAAGCUGACCGCCUCUGUCGAAGGUAUCGAGUGUAUCAUGAUCGAAGCUAUGAUCCAGAACUACGCUGGCGACCUCCACUGUGCAUGGAUGACUGCACGCCGGGCGUCUGCUAUUGCACAGAUGUUGGGUUUGCAUCGUGGCAGCUCAAAGCCAUCUACUUUCAAAGUCCUGGUUCCAGAAACGAGUUCAGGGUUCGAUCCAGAUCAAUUUUGUUGUCGCAUUAUCGAAAUGGACCGCUAUCUGUCGUUGACGCUGGGACUGCCGCAAUCUUCACUGGAGACUCGUGGGUUUGGUGCUGAAGCAAUGGCGGCAUGUCAUCCACUUGAUCGCAUCGCUCGUCUGCAGUGCAUAAUCGCGGAUCGCAUUCUGUCACGUCGAGUGGGGGGACCCAACAAGAAGAAAAGCGAGAAUAUCCAGCAUAUUGACGAAAUGCUAAAGGAGGCGGCUGCACUCAUGCCAUCGCAGUGGUGGCUGACUCCGGACUUGGACGCCAACAACUUGACAGCACCGAACCCUCUACCAGAAGUCGCUCGUGCAAUGUAUCAGUUUUCUCAUUUCCAUCUAGUCUUACGGUUGCAUUUACCGUAUGUUCUUCGCUCGUCAGGGAACAGCAUGUGCGAGCACAGCAAAGCCACUGCUAUUCAUUCUGCUCGCGAAAUCAUGUCUCGAUACAUCGCCUUCCGCAAGUGGAAUACUGGAAUUUACUACUGCCGUGGAGUAGACUACCUCUCUUUCAUAGCCCUUAUAGUACUGUGUCUGGUGCACAUUGAUGCGCGUAAUCAACCGAUGGCCCAGCACGAAGUAGUUCUCGAUCACAGCCGUCCGAGUGACCGCGCGAUGAUGGAACGAACAGUCGGCAUACUACGAAUCAUGGAAGACGAUGCGAUCGCAACGAAACUCUCUCGUAUUAUGGAAUACCUUCUUCAGGUGGAAGCAGCAUCAGCCAGCGGAAUUGGCUACAAUACUUCCACUAGCGAGGUUGAUGAGGGGCUAGCAACAGAGUGUGACGGUCGGUUUGUGGAUGAGGAGAACGGCGUGCUGCAGCUCCAGAUACCAUAUUUUGGUACCAUCACUCUUCAGCGUGGGUUGGCUCCGUCUACCGUGACAGCUGCGGGGAUUCUAUCUACCCAAGCAUGUGAGCAUACACAGCCAUCACUUACAGCGUGGGACAAUCAAUGGUCAUUACUCGAUUCAUCAGAACAUAUGGGUGAACUUGACGAUUGGACACUGCAGAGCAUCAACGAAGGCCUUUUUGGGGAUUUACUCGGGUUUGGAAGUACAGAUCAGGGCCCUGAGCCAGUUUUGGAUGAGUCGUUCAUUCACAUUCCUUCCAGCCUUGAGAUGGGAGAGUAG